GCUUUGCCGCUGCCAGAAUUCGUCGACUUGUCGCACAUCUCACGAGUUUUCUUUUCACUUCAGUCAAUCUUAUUGUCUAUUUGUGAUCACGAAUAAUAAAAAUUUGUCGCUCGCCCUCAGAUCAAAUGAUCGCGUCUCCUAGAUGACCUUCCCUCCCCCUCCUCCUUCCUCCCAAUCGUCGAUUGCUUCUGGCACCGAUAAGUCAUCUUCGACCAGACCGGCAAGGUCACAACAGCAAUCUGCUUGGGGUCCAACUGUGUCCCAGUCUAGUGUUCGGCGUGGGUUGACUCCGCUUGCGACCAACAACCUCGCAUCAUCCUCGAUCUCCCCCUCAGCCUCUCGCGGGCCACCACAGUCCAGUAGCCCUGGUCCCGGUGGUUCAACCUCAUCUCCUCUCACUACCUCUUUCUCCGCCGUCUUGAGUUCCGCCAGGGGUCUUCCAGUCGGCCGGAACGCGCCCUCGCCAGCCUCCACGCCGGCACCCUUCACCUCCUUCCAAUCUGGCUCACAACAGCACCAGCAAUCCGGACAAUCUCUCACCUCACCCAAAUUCAGAGCUCACACCCCGUCUUCAGGGUCACAUCUGGCUUCCGCAGCGGGUUCUGUUGCGGGUGGAGGAGGCUCCGGGGGAGGCGGAGGUGGGACGGGAUCUUCAAGAGGCGCCACCUUUUCUCCGUUGUUGGCCGGUACAACCGUGAAUUCGCCUACAGGUUUUCCUUCCGAUAAACCGGGUUCCGCAGCUUCGGGCGCUGCAGCUCACGCAAGUCAAUCAUCGCUUACUAAGAUAUCUAUCGCCCAAGUUUUCCUCCUUCUGGAUUCCAUAACAGAGAAGGAGGGUAGAGAGAAGUGGGAAACAAAAGCUGCACAGAUUCAUAAGCUCGUAGAGUCCAACGGCAUGGAGGUCUUUUCAAAAUACUUUCGACGCUUGCUCACAGGCAACGCCCCGCAAAUAUUUCCCGGGGUAAACAAGUCUGUGGAAAAUGCUGGCAAUUACCCUCUCCUGGUACAGGAGAUGGAAAAGGUUUCUCAGGACAUCGAGCAAGCUCAGAAAAUCGCAGAGACAGUGGACACCUCGGAAGGCGAUAUCUUUCGAGAUUUUGACCUCUCAACUUUCUUGGAUCACUUCAAACUCGAUCCUCUUGUGAAGGUAUCGCUAGCUCUGGCUUUCAAGACUGCAAACAAGUCAGAUCUGCGCGCGAAGGCCGAUGCCAUCCUUUCGAACUCCGUGAAUCCCUUUCUACAGAGUCUCGCAAACACGUCCAAUUUGACCAAGGAUUACAAGAACUCUUUCAUUGGAAUGACCAUCGAGCGCUUUAUCUUGUACCCUCCCAGGAACUUCACCGAUGAUGUGAAAGCCAAAUUGGUAUAUGCAGCCAAUAUACGAUACAGAACGAUGAACAAAGACGUGUCUUCCGAGGUCGCAUCCUCACUUCAAAUGUUCAAUUUUCUCAGUCCGAAAUUCACACUUGUCCGCCAGCUUCAUGUCAAGGGACCACGGGCAACCUCUAGUCCUGAAGCUGUGAUUGAGACAGUCAACGCAGCGGGCCCAGAUUGUUGGAAUGAAGACCACAUAUCUAGCGCCCUCCUUUUCCUGGUGCUCUCACAACACUCGCACGAGUUCUCCUUGGAAACAUUUCUGAACGCGGUUCGAUCGCACUAUGGCGAGAAGCAGAUCAAUUGGCCCCUCGUCUUUCGCAAUUUUGACCGUGAAGGCCUAAGACUUGAUGCUCAACAGUUUUCAAAGUUAUUCGCUGCACUUCUGAAUGUGGCUCGAGAGGACUCAUCUUUGGACGUGCAAAAGCUGUGGGGCGGAGACUGGGAACAUCGCGACACCCAGAUGUCAUUCCUGACAGCGUUGGUAACUUCUCGGGUUGAUGUGUCUCAGAUACCAAACCUACGCGCCACUUUCCCUGCCGAUUUCUUUGCCAAUGGAUCCGAGCUUGUGCGUUUGCAGGGAGAACGUGCUACUAAGUCGCCCCUCCGGUCUCUUGACGCGAUGAAAGCCAUCUUUGAUCUGGCACUGUUCUCCACUGCUGCAUGGUCUGCCGCUGAAAGUCAGGUGCUCAUCAAAGCCGUUGUUCAGUAUGACUUGCCCGUGUUCCUAUGCUCGGCACUUUCUCUCCCCCAACCCUGGACCAGUGUUCAGCAGAACUUCGUCCUCCGCACCCUGAUUGUAUUCGUCUUGAAGCAAGAGGAAGGCUAUCACCUUGCACUCCACGGAGCCUGGCACCAAGAUCGCCAAUGGGUUGCGGAGCAGCUUUUCACCACCUUCACUCAAGAUCCGACCUCUACUGCCGCGAUCUACGAACAAGCUAUGGAGUUCAACUGGCUGGAUUAUCUUCUUGGAUAUACGAACGGCCUCGCCAUGGACCUCGCUUGUUAUGCUCAUCGCAAGGGCCCGUUUGACUUGGAGCAGUGGGUUCGUAAUGCUGCGCAGAAAGGUCCCAUGGAUAUGGGUAGUCUUUUGUCCAAGUUCCUGCGGAUCAAGGCGGAGGAUGAGCUUCAUGUGCAAAGAAAAGAGCAAGCUGCGCCACAGAUGGUCAGCCUCUCGGUCAAGACUGUCUACACUUUACUAUCUGUUCUCGAAGAAUACGUGGGUGAUCGUGAGAAUCUUACCCCAGUGCAACGGAUCUGUAUCCAGACUUAUCCCAGACUCAUCAAUUAUGGUGAGGGAUUCGAUGACAUCAUCGAUGCCAACGGCGAAAACGGGAAUUCUUUGCCGGAAGCUGUUGACAAACAAAUGCAAGAGCUAUUCGGUAAGAUGUACCAUGAGGAGUUAUCUUUGAGGGAGAUCCUUGAAUUGAUGAGACGGUACAAGUCGUCUCGUGAGCCAGCCGAGCAGGACCUUUUUGCAUGCAUGGUUCACGGAUUGAUUGACGAGUACCACUGCUAUCAUGAGUAUCCCUUGGAGGCGUUGACCAAAACGGCGGUCAUGUUUGGCGGCAUCAUCAAUUUCCGACUUGUUGAUGGUAUCACACUGAAGGUUGGACUGGGCAUGAUCUUGGAGGCGGUACGAGAGCAUGAGGUUCACGAUCCCAUGUAUAAGUUUGGCGUCGAAGCGAUUGAGCAAUUGAUCAACCGUCUUUCCGAAUGGGCUGGGUUCUGCCACCUGCUGCUGCAAAUACCUAGUUUGCAAGGCACCACGAUUUUCCAAAAGGCCGAGGAGGUUCUGCGGGAACAAGGUAGUCAAGCUCGAGACGAAACUGGCAGAGCCGAGUCUGCUACCGGUCCCUCAAUGAACGGGAACCUCGAGGAAACCGUAGCUCCCGACGGAACUGCCCGCAAGUUCGUUUCCGUGCACGUCGAUGCCCCUCUCCGACCCGAAGUUUACUCGGAUCCCGACGAAGAUAUACAGGAUAAGAUUCUUUUUGUCCUGAACAAUGUUUCCGAGCAGAACAUAGACGAGAAGCUCCGUGAUCUCACAGAAGUUCUCCGUGACCAGCAUCACCAGUGGUUCGCUUCUUACCUCGUGGAGGAACGGGCUAAGCUACAGCCGAAUUUCCAGCAGCUAUAUCUCGAUCUUCUUGACCGCAUCAACGACAGGAUGCUGUGGGCUGAGGUUCUGCGUGAGACCUAUGUCAGCGUUUCCAGGUUGUUGAACUCCGAGGCCACAAUGACUUCAUCCACUGACCGGGGGCACCUCAAAAAUCUUGGUGCAUGGCUGGGCUCCUUGACGAUAGCGAAAGACAAGCCCAUCAAGCACAAGAAUGUCUACUUCAAGGGACUUCUUCUAGAGGGAUACGACAGUCAACGUCUAACCAUUGCGAUCCCUUUUACUUGCAAAGUGCUUGUUCAAGCCACCAAGUCUACGGUCUUUAGACCGCCGAAUCCUUGGCUAAUGGACAUCCUUGCUUUGCUAAUGGAGCUGUAUCAUUUCGCCGAGCUAAAAUUGAAUCUGAAGUUCGAGAUUGAAGUCUUAUGCAAGGACCUUGAUCUUGAUCAUAAGAACAUUGAACCCUCUGUCAUUAUCCGCGACCGUUCCGCUCAUAUCGAGGAUGCGCUGUCUACAGCUAACAUUCCCGAUGGCCUGGAAGCGUUCGAAGACAUGGCCCUCAGUACCAUCAAUCAAGGCAUACGCCACGAGAGACUUUCUCCUGCUGCCAUUAUGUCCACACUGCCCAGCUUGGACAAGAUCCUUGUUCUUCCGUCAACCGCUAGCAGCAUGGUUGAUGCGAACGUUCUUCGACAGAUUGUCCAUAGCGCUGUCGAACGUGCUAUUGCAGAAAUCAUUACGCCUGUUGUGGAACGCUCCGUCACCAUUGCUUCCAUUUCCACUGUCCAACUAGUCUCCAAGGACUUCGCUAUGGAGCCCGAUGAGGAAAGAGUGCGACAUGCAGCAGGCAUUAUGGUUCGACAACUUGCCGGCAGCUUGGCUCUGGUGACUUGCAAGGAGCCUCUUAAAGUCAGCAUGACAAAUUAUAUCCGCAUGAUACAGCAAGAAUACUCUGAGCAGCCAAUGCCUGAGGGUCUGAUUCUGAUGUGUGUCAACGAUAAUCUCGACGCUGCGUGCGGUAUUGUCGAGAAGGCUGCCGAGGAGAAAUCUCUUCCAGAAAUCGAAAAGGUCAUCGAACCUCAACUGGAAGCUCGCCGCCGACACAGGGCAGCCCGCCCAAAUGAACCGUUCAUUGAUCCUUCUAUGAACCGCUGGGGUCUCUUCAUUCCUGAACCUUACCGGCAGGCCGCUGGUGGUCUUAACAAAGAGCAACUGGCCAUCUAUGAGGAGUUCGCUCGGCAAGCACGUGGGCCUGGUGCAGCUCAUGUGCAGAAUGUGUCUACUGACUCUGGCCGACAGCUUCCAGACGUCCUUCAAGAACCAUAUUCCCCCAUUCCCAACCUAUCUACCCCUGCUGAGCAGCCUGCUGUCCCGCACAGGACCCCUCAAGCACAACAAGACGCUCGCUUGCAGCAGUCUGGCUUGGUUGUCGCGCCGUCUCAGUUGAAUGGCUUCCUUGAGGCUCAAAGUCCUCGUGAAAAAGUGGACGCCAUCGUGUCUGAACUACAGCAGGCCGCACGAAAUGCUCCGGAAGAGCAUGUUAGAGACCUUGACAGAGAUAGCGCUGUUUUGCAGGAAUACAACCAAGCACUGCGUACUAUCCUCGCGUCGCCUAAUGGAGAAGAGCUGGCCAGACUGACAUGCCUGCGAAUCUGCACGAGUCUCUAUGCGCAGACCCCGAGUACAUUAGAAAUUGAGGUUCUUGUCCAUCUACUUGCCAAGCUGUGUGACAUGUCGACUCUUGUUGCACGUUACACUUGGGCAGUUCUCUCGGAGGUGGAUGACGAACAUAUGUUCAACGUUCCCGUCACGGUUGCACUCAUUGAUGCCGGUCUUCUGGACAUUCGCCGUGUCGAUAUGAUCCUGACGCGGCUUAUCCUCCAAAAGAACAAAGCUGCUUUGGAAGUGCUAUCUAACCUGAUGGAUCGCGUCCUUUUCAGCGAAGAGCCUUCUGCAUUGAGAUCUGAUUUCUCCGGCAGCUUGGAAGCUAUGAGUCAGUGGCUUGCAGACGACUCCAGUCUCUCAGCAGCCACCGAGAUCAUUCGUAAGCUACGCGAGUCCGGAAUUCCUGAAGUCAUCAACCCUCUCUUGAGUGACAAAGCUAGAGCCAAACGAGACCAAAUGGAAUACAUUUUCAGUGAGUGGAUUGGCAUCUACAAGGCUCCCGGCGCAAUCGACCGCACCUACUACUCCUUUCUGAAAGACUUGCAUCAGAGACAAGUCAUGGACAACCAAGAAGAUUCUGCUCUUUUCUUCCGUCUGAGCAUUGAUAUCUCGGUAGCAAUGUUUGACCAUGAAUCACAAAACCCUAGCGGUAGUCUCGACGAAGCAUUCCUUUACAUCGAUGCUCUAGGCAAGCUUGUGGUCUUGCUUGUCAAGUUCCAAGGAGAAUCUGCAGGUGCCGCAAAGACAAGCAAAUCUGCUUAUUUCAACUCUAUCCUAUCGCUCCUCGUGUUAGUGUUGAAUCACCACUAUGUCAUGCGUGGUGAGGCGUUCAAUCAACGCGUUUUCUUCAGGCUUUUCUCCAGCAUUCUUUGCGAAUAUUCCAUGAAUGGACUUCAGCACAGUGAUCAGCAUCAGGAUAUGAUGUUUGCAUUGGCAAACAAGUUCCUUUCUCUUCAGCCAAAGUACUGCCCUGCUUUCGUCUACGGGUGGCUUUCUCUCGUCUCUCAUAGAUUCUUCAUGUCUGGCAUGCUUAAUAUGCCGGAACGGGCAGGCUGGGGACCAUAUUGCGAGAUCAUGCAGGCUCUCCUUUCCUAUAUUGGUGAACAACUGAAGCCCGCGACCAUAUCCUACGUGGCUAAGGAUUUGUACAAGGGUGUUCUCCGAAUCCUGCUCAUCUUGCACCAUGAUUUCCCCGAGUUUGUGGCGGAGAAUCACUUCCAAUUCUGCAAUGUCAUUCCUUCUCAUUGUGCUCAGCUUCGCAAUCUUGUUCUUAGCGCCUAUCCGUCCUCUUUCCACAAGCUUCCGGAUCCUUUCCGUGAAGGCCUCAAGGUGGAACGUUUGGAGGAAAUGAGGGAGGCUCCAAGAAUCGCAGGCGAUGUUGCGGCUCCAUUGCACCAUGCGAAUGUCAAGAGCGUUGUCGAUAGCUCCCUUCAGAGCAGCAGUGCAUCCGAAGCAUCAUCUGUUCAACAAAUCUGCGAUGCAAUUUAUAGUCCUCCGACUAAAGAGACUGGUCUCUUUUAUGACCCAAUCAAUGUCAACGUGGUGCUUCUGAACGCGCUUGUUCUCUACAUCGGACAGAGCGCUGUUUCUGCCAGCAACUCCCAGGGCAACACACGGGCGGCAUUUGAGAAUUCUCUCCACGCUUCACUAUUGGAGAGCCUUGCGAAAGCCUUGCGUCCGGAAGCACGGUAUUACCUGCUUAGCGCGAUGGCGAAUCAGCUGAGGUACCCCAACAGCCACACCUAUUUCUUCAGCUUCGCUAUACUCCGUCUCUUCGGCACCGAUAACUCCGAGCAGGAUGAAUCCGAUAUCCGUCAGCAAAUCAUCCGCGUUCUUCUUGAGAGACUUAUCGUCCACCGUCCUCAUCCUUGGGGCUUGAUCAUCACCCUUCAGGAGCUCCUUCAGAACCGGAGCUACACCUUUUUCCGCCUCCCUUUCAUUCAGGCUGCGCCUGAGAUUGGUCGUCUUUUCGAUGCUUUGCUGCAGCAUAUUCAACAGCAAAGCCCACGGGCGAUGGCCUAAAACAUUUACCGAGAUUCCAACUCAACUACUUUCUCAUAUUAUAUUAAUAUGACGUAUUCUAUCAUGCCUCGAUGUCUUGCAUUUGCCGAAACGACUUUCUGUCAUGGUGUUUUGUCUAUGCCGCUCAUGACAUGUA